AUGAAGGCCAGUGAGAAGGAGGAGUUAUUACUGUCUAUUCUGCCUAAACACAUUGCUGAUGAGAUGCUACAGGGCAUGAAGAACCAGGCAGAUCAGAAGGAAGUGCAGCGACAGCAGCAGUUUAACACUAUGUACAUGUACCGCCAUGAAAACGUCAGUAUCCUGUUUGCAGACAUUGUAGGCUUCACCCAACUCUCUUCCACCUGCAGUGCUCACGAACUUGUCAAACUUCUUAAUGAACUGUUUGCUCGCUUUGACAAACUGGCUGCACAACAUCACCAACUAAGGAUUAAAAUUCUUGGUGACUGUUAUUACUGCAUCUGUGGUCUUCCAGACUUCAGAGAAGACCAUGCUGCUUGCUCUAUCAAUAUGGGCCUAGCCAUGGUAGAGGCUAUAUCGUAUGUGAGAGAAAAGACACAAACUGAUGUGGACAUGCGUGUAGGAGUCCACACUGGCACUGUGCUUGGUGGGGUUUUGGGGCAGAAGCGCUGGCAGUUUGAUGUCUGGUCAACUGACGUCACAGUUGCCAAUAAAAUGGAGUCUGGAGGUAUUCCUGGGAGAGUGCACAUUUCCCAGAGCACAAAGGACAGUUUGAAUGGAGAGUUUGAGAUGGAGCCCGGUAAUGGAGGCGAGAGGUGUGAAUAUCUGAUGGAAAAAGGCAUUGAAACGUACCUGGUCAUAGUGCCAAAGGACAAAGCAAAUGGACUGAAUGAAAAUAAACCAAGAACACUGUCAAACCAAAAUUCAAACCAGUUGAUUAACACUACGUCAAGUAAUGGGACUACAGCGUCACCCAAGGCAACACCAGAUACAAAACAUGAGUCUCAGAGGGUUAAAUUUGUUGAGGAGCAAGUGAUUAACAGACGUCUACAGCAGGAGCUCCUAGAGAGAGAGACACAGCAAAUAAUGAAAGAAAACAAGUUCAACCCUCUGUCGUUGAGUUUUGUGGAUGGAAAACUAGAGGAGCACUACUCAUCAGAGAAAGAGAAGAGGAGUGGAGCAGCCUUCUCCUGCUGUGCCAUUGUGCUUUUCUUCAUCACAGCUAUGCAGGUUUUCAUAGAUCCGCUGUUGGGCGUAAACUAUGUAACUUUUGCUGUUGGAGAGGUUUUACUGCUUAUCCUUACAGUCUGCUCACUUGCUGCUGUCUUCCCCAGGAUGUUCUCAAAAAGGCUGGUGUCUUUCUCUUUGUGGAUUGAUCGAACACGCUGGGCAAGGAACACAUGGGCCGUGGCAGCCAUAUUUGUACUGACCAUGACUGUGAUUGCUGAUAUGCUUAGUUGUGCUCCUCCAUCACUCCGCCUUCUUAACAGUUCUACUGGUUUGGUGUUGGAGGCUGUGGGGGACAGAGACUGUGCCAAAAAUCCCAAACACUACAGCUUCAUGGCAGUCAUGUCCCUUAUUGCCACAGCAAUGUUAGUACAGGUCGGCCACCUGAUUAAACUGGGCCUCAUGGUGCUGGUCGUCACGGCUACAGGAGCUGUGAAUAUCUACAGCUGGAGUGACCUUUACGAACUAUAUGAUUUGAUACAGUUUGAAAGUUACAGAACCUCUGUUGUGCCGACCAAGUACCUUAUGACUAUGAUGAUAAUAGUUAUGAUGAUUGGCUUUUACUUUUUUGCCCGUCAUUUGGAGCAUCAGUCUAGGAAGUUGUUCCUGUGGAAAAUUGGUGUUCAUGAACAAAAGGAAAAAGUCUCUGAAAUGAGACGUUGGAAUGAAGCACUGGUCACGAACAUGCUGCCAGAGCAUGUAGCCAAACACUUUCUAGGCACAAAGAAGAGAGAUGAGGAGUUGUACAGCCAGUCAUAUGAAGAAAUUGGUGUGAUGUUUGCUUCUAUCCCCAAUUUUUCGGACUUCUACACAGAAGAGAGCAUUAACAAUGGAGGCCUUGAGUGCCUCCGGAUUCUUAAUGAGAUAAUUUCAGACUUUGACAGUUUGUUAGAUCGAGAUGAAUUCCGCUGUAUAACUAAGAUCAAGACCAUAGGCAGCACAUACAUGGCAGCUUCAGGUCUCACCACAGAAAGUAUCUCAAAUGGAUACAACAAUCUGAAGUCUGAAGAGCCCUCAUUGAUUCAGCGUUGGCAACAUCUCGCUGACCUGGCUGAAUUUGCUCUGGCAAUGAAAGUCACACUAAACAACCUAAACAAACAGUCUUUUAACAACUUCAUGCUUCGAAUAGGUCUCAAUAAGGGUGGAGUGCUGGCUGGUGUGAUUGGGGCACGUAAGCCUCACUAUGAUAUCUGGGGUAACACAGUGAAUGUAGCCAGCAGAAUGGAGUCCACUGGAGUCAUGGGAAACAUUCAGGUGGUGGAAGAUUGCUAUAAAAUACUGAAAGAAUAUGAUUUUCGGUUUAUACGAAGAGGAUCAAUUUAUGUUAAAGGAAAAGGUGAACUACUUACUUUUUUUAUGAAAGGCAGAGACAAGCCUGCACAAACCAAUGUUCCAGCCUCUACUGCUCUACCCCACCAAGUAGUAGAUGUUUCUUGAGUUGCUCCCAAUAGCAUAUGGAUACAUUGUUUUAUCAUUUAUAUUCAUAUUAUGGCAUCAAAGUAGACUGCAAACAACAUAUUUCAAAAUACUGUACUUUUUCUAUAGGGGUACAGCUUGUGGGUCAGCCAAUGUUUUGCAUAAUUAAACAGGUAAUUAACUCAUUAUA